AUGGAUCGCUUGCCGGCCGAGAUGGCCUCACCCAGCCGAAAGCCGCCGAGGCCACGAGAGGACGCUGAAGGCUAUGUGCGUGCAUCGCCGGAGCCUCCACAAGCUCCGCCCUCCGCGCGCGGGAGCUCGCCUUCGCCCUUGCAGCGCCGCUUGCGGCCGCAGAGCUCCGGCGUGUCGGGCACGGAUUCUUCGAGGGCGCCCUCCGCAGGCAGCCACGGAACUUCCAGGCCGGGCUCAGCCGAGGAGGCACUGCUUCAGGGCUACAUCCCCAUGUCUGAGUACGUGGGAAUUAUGGCCUUGAACAAGGAGCUCUUCGAGCAGAACAAGCUGCUGCACGCCGAGCUGGUAAACAUCAAGGUGGCGCAAGAGCAGCUGCUGGCGGAGGAGCGCUUCCUGCGCUCCAAGAUGCGCGCCGCCGGCCUGGAGCCGCCCCCUGAGGAAGCCGUUUCACUGGAAGUCACGCCGACGACGAUGACGAUGACGAUGACGAUGAUGAUGAAGAAGAAGAAGAAGAUGAUGAUGAUGAAGAAUAUCAUGAUGAAGAACACGAUGCGGGCUUGCGUCGCAGGUCGAGCCUGA